AUGUCGAGCCCCAUCAAGAAAGAUGCUGUAAUAAUCGGAGCGGGUAUUUCAGGCCUAGCAGCAGCUAAAUGUUUAAAAGACGAUGGUUUUGAUGUUGUUAUUUUAGAGAGGACGGGGGAAGUCGGUGGUUUGUGGACGUUCAGAGAAAAUGACUAUGGUGUCAUGAGAUUUACACACAUAAAUGUAUCGAAGUAUAAUUAUUGUUUCUCUGACUUUCCGUUUCCUGAAAACGUAGGAGAUUAUCCUCACAACUCGGACAUGGCCAAAUAUAUUUACGAUUAUACCACACAUUUUAAACUAGAUCAGAUUAUCCAGUUUAAUACCAAGGUUGUUUCACUUGAGAAAAAAGGAGAUGAAUGGGAAGUUAUAACUGUUAGAAUGGAAGAUGAUGGACAGACAGGAACAGAAACUAAUGAUAAACAAGUUUAUAUUGCUAAAUAUGUUGCUAUAGCAACAGGACAUCAUGCUGAACCUACAUUUCCUGAGUUUAAAGGGCAAGAAACAUUUAAAGGGGAGAUAAUUCACUCAGUAAAAUAUAAAGACUGUAUAACCAAUGGAAUGGUGGGUAAAAGAGUUCUGGUAGUAGGAAUUGGUAAUUCUGCUGUUGAUAUUGCUACUGAAUGUGCUUCUGCUGGGAGAUGUAAGUCAGUGUUUAUCACUACACGAUCUGGAGCCUGGGUCGUACCAAAUUAUAUCUUCGGCUACCCCACAGAUACCUAUGCUUGUCGAGCAUUCUUCUUGUUACCAUGGAAAUGGGCUAAUUUUAUAUUUGAGAAUAUUAUUAAACUUGUCUCAGCUAGUCCCAGAAGGUGGGGUUUGAACCCUAAAAUGAAGGCGUUACAAACUCAGCCUACAGUUAGUCCAACUUUAAUACAUCAUAUACAGAGACAACAGAUUAAAAUAGUUCCUAAUAUAUUGAGAGUAGAAGGAAGUAGAGUAGAGUUUGUAGAUGGUCAGUCAGCUGAAUUUGAUGUUAUAAUUUUAUGUACAGGAUACAAGAUUAGUCUGCCCUAUUUACAGAAGACUAUCAGAGACAAGGUGCUGGAGGAGGAGUCUAAUACUAUUCGGUUGUACAAGAAUGUAUUCAGUCCAGAUAUCGGUUCUAGUUUAGCGUUUAUUGGAUUUGUCCAGCCGGCGUCUGGUGGUGUUCUAACAAUGUCAGAAAUACAGGCACGCUGGUUCUCGGCACUCUGUCAUGGUUCCGUUAGAUUACCAUCAAAACAAAUCAUGUUAGAAAGCAUGAAGGAAGAAAAGAUGGCUUACAGUGAGAGAUAUUAUAGAUCUAAUAGACAUACAAUACAGAAAGAUCCUAUAGUGUAUAAUGAUGAUAUAGCCAGUAUGAUAGGGGCUAAACCUAAUAUUUUAAAACACCCUUCACUAGCCUGGAGGUUGAUGUUAUCAUCGUGUGGUGCCUAUCAAUGGAGACUACAGGGUCCCAACAAAUGGUCGGGAUCCGAGGAGGCCGUUCGAAAAGUUCCGUUAACAGAACUCAUGAACUAUUCUGCCAUUGUUCUGUUAUUCAUCAUCGGAUUGCUCUUAAUAUUCUUUCUACGAUUUUUUUACAAAAUUGUUGAUUUUAUAUUUUAA